ACAGUUUCGAGUAAUUGCCCUUUGCGGAUGUUUUCAUUCUGUCAUCGAAUGAUUUAAUUUUUUGUCUGAUUUUAAAUUAUAAAUAAAUCUAUGGGGCUGUUUGGGAAAGAAAAUACCAAAUCUCCCAAAGAUAUGGUGAAUGAUUGGACACAUAAAAUAAGAAAGGAAGGCUAUGUUCUCGAAAGGCAAAUAAAAGCAAUUCAAAGAGAGGAAGAAAAAACGAAAAGACAACUUAAAGACACAGCAAAGAAAGGAGAGAAAGCAGCAUGCAGUAUUCUCGCCAAGGAAAUCUUAAGAUCUCGAAAGGCAGUCAACAGACUUUAUGCCUCAAAAGCGCACCUCAACUCUAUAUCUAUGAAUAUGAAGAACCAAUUAGCCACUCUGAGGAUAGCCGGUGCCCUUGAGAAGAGUACGGAUGUGAUGAAGUCAAUGCAGGCCCUCAUCAAAGUGCCAGACAUACAGAAGACCAUGAUGGAGCUCUCCAAGGAAAUGAUGAAGGCAGGAAUCAUAGAGGAGAUGUUGGAGGACACAAUGGAGGGCCUGGAAGACUCAGAUGAGAUGGAGGAGGCAGCACAGGAGGAGGUGGAUAGAGUCCUGUAUGAGCUCACUGCAGGUCAACUAGGAGAGGCACCAAAGGCUGUCACAGACACUCUUCCCUCAACAUCUGUGAGAGAGGAAGAGGGCGCCACUGCGGCUGCCAGCGACGAUGAGGAAGAUCUGAUGGCAAAACUUGAGGCAUUGCGAAACUAAUGGGGCCCUAUGACACAAGACAGUGCCCCAUGUGUAAUGUGCUUGAUGGUUGUGACUGAAGAGUCACUGCAUUGAAACUGUGUGACACAUCAGCUUGAGACUAGGCCCCAUGACUGCAUGCAUGUUAUCCAUAUAAGUAGGAUUUUGAAAUACCAGCAAUUUUAAAUUCAAAAUUCACAAGCAGCAUUCUCGUGUGUAAAUUAUAAUUUUAGAGAUAUUUAUUGAGAGUGGGAUUUUUUAAAUUUGUGGGAUAUGGCUUUUAAAAUACUGCAGCAAUUAAUAUAAAUAUUUUUAUCCACUACCUUAUGUUUACGUAUACAAAAAGAAAGUCAUGUUAUUUUGCUUUAAACUAUUUAUCAUUUUAGCAGACUUGUUCUUUUUGAGCUUUGACUUCCAUAUGUAUAUUUAAGAUGGUAACUAAGACCUAGAUUUAAACAAAAUGUUGUCUGGUGACAAUCCCUUUAGUGGAUUAUUGUGUGCUUGGUUGGUUGUCACCAUACUAGACAGGUGGGGUUUCCUCUUGGUUCUCAGGAUUCCCCUACAAGGCUUCACCACAUAGAAAAUCUUAACAACUAAAUAUCUGAAGAUUGCAGCUAUCAUUCUUAAAUCAGCUCAACUUUUUGUAGUCUAGUAAGUUAAUUAUGACGGACGGAGUGCUGGGACACACCCCGGGUCCACACAUGAUGCAGCUUCAAGCACAGAAGGACCUAAUAAACUUUGAAAUACAAUCAAACUAGAUUUGAGUCGUGCUCUGUGAAAAGCGGGUUAAAUGAAUGUGCGUAAAAUGUUGUCCCAGAUUAGCCUGUGCACUUUCCGCCUAAACUUGAUGUUUGCUAAGAAGAGACUGCCUUUUAACGAAAAUACCAUAUAAGUGUCGUCCUUUAUUAGCAUGUGUGGACUUCACAGGCUAGCGUACUGCACAGGCUAAUCUGGGACGACACUUAACGCACAUGCAUAAAACCCCCUUUUCAAUGAGUGUGGCUCAGUUAAAAUGAUUGCAGUCUUGGGGGUCAGGUACCGUAGUCAUUUUAGUAUAGUUGUGAUAUCAAUGAUACAUGUUGUGUGCUGCUUAUCAUUAAGAUAGGAUCAAAUGAGUCGCGUUCUCAGAAAACUGGGCUUUUAGCUUGUACGUAAAGUGUCGUCCCAGAUUAACCUGUGCAGUCCACACAGGCUAAUCAGGGAAGACACUUUCUGCUUUUAUGGAAUUAUUUGUUUCAAUGAAGUCCCUCCUUACCGAAAAUCAAGUUUAGACGGAAAGUAUCGUCCCUGAUGAGCCUGUUUGGACUGCACAGGCUAAUCUGGGAUGAACCUUCACGCACAUGCAUUAAGCCCAGUUUUCUCAGAACAAGGCUGAAAUGAAUGGCAUAUUUUCACUGCCGAUUGGUGUUGGGGACAAUACUCAGAAAACUAUGUUAAGGCGUUCUGCAAUGUCAUUGAAGGCUGAUUUUGUCCAAGAAAAAUGGAGCUAUGUGCAUUCAUUUUCUACAGCUAGAUGGUACUUAUAUUUGUAGCUGGUUUUACAAAUUACAACGUAAAAAAAUGAGCUUUGCGCAUUGAAGAUUUAAAACAGAAAAAUGCGUGUACUUGUAUAAAUGUGAUAGUUUAAGAGAAAUAAGCAAUUUAACUACACAUAACUGGAAUUAGUGUUUUUCCUUUCUGGAAUUUUAGACAUUGUUUUUUAUUAAUAUGUAGUGGUAUAAAAGUCUUAGUUUCAGGAACAAAGCCACUCGGUAUUGGUGCACAUCUUCACAAUUGUUAUAUCCAUGAAGACAUUUUUGUAACUGUAUUUAAUGCAAAGCCACUAAUAGCAAUUAUACUGAUGAUAGAUUUAGUAAUGUUUACUUACAGGUAAAAUAAAUUGGGCCUCUGGAUGUACUAUUGUUUCUUGAUAACGAGCCCAGAUUAGUGUUAAUUAUUAUAGGUAGAGGAAACUGGCAAAUCUGCAGGUGCAUUUAUUACAGUAUUAAAUGUUAACCCAUAAGAGUUAUUUUAAUAAGCUUUAUCAGAAUAAAAACUAUAUUGCGUCAUAAUGUUAAAAAUUUUGUAUAAAUAAUCAUUGUAAAAAAACAAAUGAUUUGUUAGAAAAAGUAUGCAUAUUGUGUUGAGAUUUUGACAAAAAGAUUAGCAUUUUGCUUGGGAACAUUGAAGUUUCUUUAUUUUGCAGUUUUUGUAGAAAAGGUCAAGCAAUAGCUGGGUUUGUUCUAGUAUUGCUAUUGCUUUUUGUUUAUUUGUAAAGUUUUGUUUCUUGAACAACCAGAUAAAAAAAAAAUUGAAAUGUUAUCAAAUAAUGCUUGAAAGAGGUCAUGUCAAAUGCAACAUUUUAUGCAUGUUGUUUGAAUUAAUUUUAAUGUACAUGAUAAUUUUAACAAGAGCACCGCAUAACGGGUGCCACGCUCAGCUGCAAAAGCUUGUCAGAAUGUUGUUGUUUUUUUUGUUUUUUUAGAAGUCAGUGACCUUGACCUAGUGACCCCAAAUAUGGUUGUGGCGUGUAGAACCCAUCAAGGUGCAUCUACAUAUUAAGUUUCAAAGUUGUAGGUGGAAGCACUUUGAUUUUAGAGCCAAUGUUAAGGUUUUAGCACGACGCCGGCGGACGACACGACACGACGAGCUGUCUAUGACAAUAGCUGGGGUUUUCUUCGAAAACAGCCUCGCUAAUAAUUAUUGCAAAAGUGAUCUUUUCUAUUUCAACUGUUUAACACCAUCCAAAAAAGAAGAUUUAUUAAUUAGCUUUGAUUUGCAUUAACAGUUUGAAGGAAUGACUAAGGUCUUUAACAUGUAAUGCUUUACUCAUAUCACAUGCUUGUUUAUACAUGUACAGCUUUUUGCUGCCAAAUACAUGUGUACGCAAAGUAAUGUAAAUAGUAUGUUUUUGUACCUUUUUUUUCACACGUUUUAAGGAUAUAAUUAUGUUUUGUUGACUUAUUUAUUGCAAUUAAACAAAAUAUUAAUAAAUGUGAAAAAUAA